AUCCUGUUUUAUUUAUUCUGGUUUUCUUUUAUGUUAAUUUCUGAAUAUUUUAUUUUCGUAGCGAAUUUUUACAAAACAUAAGAUUGACUGGUAAAAGUAUUGGACGCACUACUAUAAGUAUUUUUAUGAAUUUCAUUAAUUGAACCAAAUUCAAUUUAAUUUUAUUCGUGAGCCUUCGUUCCUUGGACCGUAUUAUUUUACGCGUAGGUAUAGUUGCCGUUCCAGACAGAAGUAGCACGAAGACAGGAUGUCCACAGAGCCGGUUUUUGUGAAAGUGGAGUGUGAGUUGGAUACGCAAGAAUGUCAUAUGAAAAAAGAGGCGAAGUCGAGUUCUGAGGAGCCCCAACCCAUUAACCAAGAAUUUUCAAAUGCACAUGUCAAGGUGGAACCGUCAUAUCUAAAUGAAGAGGCUCAAGGAGUGGAGUGUGACUGGGACAGCAACAUGGCAACCUGCAAUGGGAAGAAAGAGAAGGAGUUAGGUCCCAAAGUGCCUGGGCCCAGUGACGCAGACUGUUUGUAUUAUGUACAUGUUAAAGAGGAACCAGGGCCGAUAGUUAUCAAAGAGGAGGAAGAGUCUCACAGCAGCGACCUCAAUCGGGCAGCCGAGAGUGAAGAGUGUGACUACAUGAACCCCAAAGUUGAGGAUGGGGUAGUGCUGCGCCCAAAGUUGCUGCAGCAUCCUAAUGGGUCAGCGUUUCAAGUGGCACAGAUAAAAACAGAGAAGCUUCCAUCACAAGGUUGGAGCUGCUCGGUGCGGCUGGAGCGCGUGGAGGUGGACGCUGCGCGGCGCACCUGUAGCGUCGGGCGCCGCACCUACGCGCUGCACCGACCAACCUUCUUCUGCGACUUCUGCGGAUCCUCAUUCCAUGCCAAACAGCUCCUCGUAGACCACGAAAAAACAGAACACGGUGCUAAGAAUUUCAUGUGCAACAAAUGUGAAUUUACGACUGUCAAUAGGACGGUUAUGAAGGCUCAUAUACGUAAACACAACGCGACCCGACUGUUCCGUUGUGGUAUCUGUAGCUACUCGAGCUUAUUGAGAACAGCCGUGCGCCGUCAUCGAAAAACGCAUAGUGUAGAAUCUUUCAAGUGCAGGUACUGCGACUUCACAUGUAGUAAUAAAAAUUAUUUAAGACUUCACGAGAAAACGCACACUGGUGAAAAGCCGACUCUUAGAUGUGAUCACUGUGAUUUUAGUUCCGUUUUAAAACCUAACUUGGAAAGACACAUGUUGUUGCACAUGGGUAUUAAACCGUUUAAGUGUAGCAAUUGCGAUUUCGCGUGUAGUUCUAAAUCAGAUUUACGAAUUCAUCAGAGAAUCCACACGGGGGAGAGGCCGUUUAAAUGUAACCUCUGUAAUUUUUCAACCGCUACGAACACGAGCUUACGUUAUCAUCUAAUGCGACACACCGGCGACAUGCCUUAUAAAUGUCACCACUGUGACUACAAAUGUUGUAAGAUACAAAGGUUAAAAAGGCAUCUGGCGACGCACACUGAUUUAAAGCCUUUCAAAUGCAGCCAAUGCGAUUACGAGUGCAAUCAGAAAGCAAACUUAAUAAGACACCAGGUGAAACACACCGGUGGAAAGCCUUACAAAUGUAGUCAAUGUGACUACACAGCCCGGUAUCAUAGCAGUGUAAUGAGACAUCUAAAAACAGUGCAUAAUGGUGAAAACUGUGUAGUCCUUAAAUUGGACUUAAAAAAUCAUGAGACCAAUGAUACUGGUAAUAAACCUGGUACUGGUGAUAAACCUUUUAAAUGUAGCCACUGUGCACACUCUUCCCAACGGAAGUCUAACUUGCGAAGACAUCUACGAAGGUGCCACAAUGAGAAACUUGAGAAGUUAUAUAAAUGUACCGAUUGCGAAUACACUACUGAUUUUCCGCAUAACCUAGAUCUACACCGGCUGGUUCACGCAGGAGAUAAGCUUGAUAAAGUUAAGCCAUUAUACAGGUGUAGUACGGAAGCAGAUAUGCAAGUACACAUCAUGACACAUACGGAUGAAAAGCCUCUAAAAUGUAGCUACUGUGACUACUCAUGCCGUCUGAAGAAUGUUCUGCGAAAACAUUUGGUGAAACAUGGAGAAAAGCCUUUUACAUGCAAAUUGUGUGACUUCAAAUGUGAUUCGUCGGCAAUCUUGCAAAGUCAUAAAGUCGUGCACGCUGGUGAAAAGCGACAUAAAUGUAGCGAUUGCGAUUAUGCGUGUACUCGCUUAUCAUUACUAAUAUCACACAAAGUAGUGCACAGUGGGGAGAAGUCAUAUGCAUGCAAUAUCUGCAAUUACAAGACUGUUCGGAAAUCAAGCUUAAACCGGCACCUGACAUCACACACUGAUUAUAAGCCUUUCAAAUGUAGUUAUUGUGAUCACUCUUGCAGGUAUCCAUAUUUGCUACGACGACACGAGGCGGUGCAUGAAAAGGAAACCAUUAAUGUAGCUAGUGUAGCUCUAAGUGAUGAAACAAUUUUAAGCCACCGAGGGUCGGUUUCGGAACAGCAAGAGAUAGUUGUGAAACAGGAAAACGUAUGAGCUGUGAUCCCUUAAGGCCGUGGUCGUCACAUUGUAUGAGAAGAUAGAAGAAUCUCUAAGGAACCUGUGUUCUUACGCAGUGGAUGGCGUCAUUCGAAAACCUUUGACAAAUAAUAUUGCCCUCAUUUUCAUAGUGUACUACUAAUAGUAAUUAUUAGAAAGAUGUGUAUGUAUGUGUGUGUAUGCGUGCGUGCGUGCUUUUCGCAGGACGACCAAAUGUCGAUGGCCGAAGAACCUACAAUCUCAAACACUAUUGGGAUAUAUAUUACUGGACCCAAGAAGUAAUUUAACGAUUUUUUUAUACACAUUUAUAAGUCUCUUAACUCCAAUUCUUGUUGUAGUGCUUCAUGGCUUAUGGGAAAAUAAACUGAUAAGUUUUCAAAUAAUGUUUAUUUAGACUUAUUGAAAUAUAUUAAAUAUAUAUUUUAAAUAUGUUACUUU